GAGAUGCUGUCCAUGCUGGGAGACCAGAGCAGCAGCUACAACAAUGAAGAAUUUCCUGAUCUAACUAUGUUUCCCUCCUUUUCAGAAUAGAACUAUUGGGGAUGUGGGGGCUCAAGGUUCUACUGCUGCCCAUGGUGAGCCUUGCACUGUACCCUGAGGAGAUACUGGACACUCAGUGGGAGCUAUGGAAGAAGACCUACCAGAAGCAGUAUAAUGGCAAGGUGGAUGAACUCUCUCGGCGCUUAAUUUGGGAGAAGAACCUGAAGUAUAUUUCCAUCCAUAACCUAGAGGCCUCUCUUGGCGUCCACACGUAUGAGCUGUCCAUGAACCACUUGGGAGAUAUGACCAAUGAAGAAGUGGUUCAGAAGAUGACUGGGCUCAAAGUCCCUCCUGCUCAUUCCCACAGUAAUGACACCCUCUACAUCCCAGACUGGGAAGGCAGGGCUCCCGAUUCUGUUGACUACCGAAAGAAGGGCUAUGUUACUCCCGUCAAGAACCAGGGUCAGUGCGGUUCCUGCUGGGCUUUCAGCUCUGUGGGUGCCCUGGAGGGCCAGCUCAAGAAGAAAACAGGCAAACUCUUGAAUCUGAGUCCCCAGAACCUGGUGGACUGUGUGUCUGAGAAUGACGGCUGUGGAGGCGGCUACAUGACCAACGCCUUCCAGUACGUGCAGCAGAACCGGGGCAUCGACUCCGAGGACGCCUACCCGUACGUGGGCCAGGACGAAAGCUGUAUGUACAACCCAACAGGCAAGGCAGCUAAGUGCCGAGGAUACAGAGAGGUCCCCGUGGGCAACGAGAAGGCGCUGAAGAGAGCUGUGGCCCGCGUGGGACCCAUCUCUGUGGCCAUUGAUGCAAGCCUGACCUCCUUCCAGUUCUACAGCAAGGGUGUGUAUUACGAUGAAAGCUGCGACGGGGACAAUCUGAACCACGCAGUGCUGGCCGUAGGAUAUGGGAUCCAGAGGGGACACAAGCACUGGAUACUUAAAAACAGCUGGGGAGAAAACUGGGGAAACAAAGGCUAUGUUCUCUUGGCUCGAAAUAAGAACAACACCUGUGGCAUUGCCAACCUGGCCAGCUUCCCCAAGAUGUGACUGCAGCCAGCAGGCCUCCUCCUGCUCUUUCGAUCAUCUGUGAUGGCGCAGUGCCAUGAUGUGCCUUGGAAGGGAGCUGUAAGCCAUUCCUGAAACAGACGAGGCGAUACUGGGAUUGUCUGUUUCAUUUCUUCAUUCAGCGGUGCUUCAAGCGACGCCCCUACUACUUUCCUUCUCGCCACCAGAGGCCCUUUCCUUUGGGCCCACAUGCAGGAAUUCCCUGCCAGGUGUGGGUGCGUGGCUAAGAGAUGUGACCGCAGCCUUGCCUGGCUGUGCUGUCCGGGCACUGUGCUGGGGAAGCUGUCAGGUGCACGUGACUCCGGUGCAUCAGGACCAGUUAGCUGGAAGCAGGCGCCCUGGAAGACUAAGGCGACCUGACUUUGAAGUUUCUGAGCUCCCUUCCAUAUCCUCAAGGUAGAGAUUGCCGUGUUUUCCACUCCAGUUCACAAAUAUAUUCAUAAGUCUUUGGUACAAGGUCACAUGACAGAAGAAAUGUUUUCUUUUUUUCCUUCUUUGCAUUUUUGAAAUAAAGUAUUUAUCUCUUGGCUACAGUGUAAUAAACAGCAUUUAGUAUGCACUCAUUUUGUGUAGAUGGGGUGCUAGCUGUUGGGAGACAAACAAAUGAAUAACAAUAUUGCCUCUGCUUGAUAUAUUCAGUCUGCCUGGAAAGACUGCUGCAUAACCACCCCAGUGCAUUUAUGUGUUCCUCCCUCCAGCAGGAUUUAUGAAGUACUUACUCUACUCAUACUGAGCUUCUGGGAUGAAGGAGAUCUUGGUAUUUAGUGCUCUCUGUGGGUGGGUCACAUGAAGUGACAAGCUUACCCGAGUCUUGAAAAGUACUUUAAAUCUGUUCCUGAGGUUCUACAACCCAAACUUUUGCUGUCACUAAAAGAAGAAGUAUGAAUUCUUUACUAAUAGUUUUCAACAAGGAUUAAUUCUAGAAGUUUAAAUCUGCAUAACUUGCUUUACCUUUUUUCACAAACUGUUUAUCAAAGACCUGUUUUUUGUUAGUGGUGCUGUUUUGAUUUUUUUGUUUGUUUUGAGACAGGGUCUUGCUAUGUAGUUCAGGCUGGACUCCAACUCACAGUGUAGCCCAGGCUGACCUUGAACUCACAGUGAUCCUCCUGACUCAGCCUCCCUAGGGCUGGGAUUACAGGGAUGCACCAUCACACCAGCAAGGACCUGUUAUUACCACUAGAAAAGUCCCAUUUAUUGACUCUCUCAUGUCAGGAAUUCUUAUUUCUUGCUAUGCAAAAAAAGUUUUUGGUGGGCCGGGGAUUUAGCUCAGUGGUUCCGCCACCUGCCUCUCAAACUCAAGGUCCUGAGUUCGAUCCCCAGUAACAAAAAAAAGGUUUUGGUAAAUAUUUAUUAACAUGUAGUAAGGAAUAUAUUAAGUCUAAGAGUCUAAUCAUGGCCCUAAUUUCAAAAAUACUGGGGGCUGAUGAUUUAGCUCAGUGGUUCCGCCACCUGCCUCACAAGUACAAGGUCCCGAGUUCGAUCCCCGGUACCAAAAAAAAAAAAUACUGCCAGGCUUGGUCCCAACUACUUGGGAGACUGAGGCAGUGGGGUCUCUUGAGCCCAGGUUUUUCAGUUCAGUCUGGGCAACCUCAGCAAGACCUCAUCUCAAAAAGCAAAAAGUAUUAAGAGAAAAAAUAAUCAUUUGACAACUGUUUUGAAAAGCUAAGCAGUUUAAAAUGGGUUCUCUGGAUGUUUCUGAAAUGAAUAAUAAAAUUGUUUUAAAAAAC